GUCAGACCACCAGAUGCAGUACACACCACUGGAUCUGCAGAUACCCAUCCUUUAAUGGAAAGCAAACUUAAAGCAUUCAGUAUUGGCAAAAUGAGUGCUGCCAAAAGGACUCUGAGCAAGAAGGAGCAAGAAGAAUUAAAAAAGAAGGAGGAUGAGAAGGCUGCUGCAGAAAUUUAUGAAGAAUUCCUUGCUGCCUUUGAAGGAAGCGAUGGUAAUAAAGUGAAAACAUUUGUAAGAGGAGGAAUCGUUAAUGCAUCUAAAGAGGAGCAUGAAACGGAUGAAAAACGGGGUAAAAUCUAUAAGCCUUCAUCACGAUUUUCAGAUCAAAAAAAUCAGCCAAGCCAGCCAUCUAAUGAGAAGCCUCCAUCCCUCUUAAUGAUAGAAACCAAAAAGCCUCCUUUGAAGAAAGGAGAGAAGGAAAAGAAAAAGAGUAAUUUGGAACUUUUUAAAGAAGAAUUAAAGCAAAUACAAGAGGAGCGUGAUGAAAGACAUAAAACAAAAGGUAGAUUGAGUCGUUUUGAACCGCCUCAAUCGGAUUCCGAUGGUCAGCGUCGUUCAAUGGAUGCUCCUUCAAGAAGAAACAGAUCAUCUGGUGUACUGGAUGAUUACGCACCAGGGUCACAUGAUGUUGGAGAUCCAAGCACAACAAAUUUGUAUCUCGGAAACAUUAAUCCUCAAAUGAAUGAAGAGAUGUUAUGUCAAGAAUUUGGACGCUUUGGGCCAUUAGCGAGUGUUAAAAUUAUGUGGCCAAGAACAGACGAAGAAAGAGCAAGAGAAAGAAAUUGUGGAUUUGUUGCCUUUAUGAACAGGAGAGAUGCUGAAAGAGCAUUAAAGAAUUUAAAUGGCAAGAUGAUUAUGUCGUUUGAAAUGAAGCUAGGUUGGGGCAAAGCUGUACCUAUACCACCACAUCCGAUAUACAUUCCACCUUCUAUGAUGGAGCACACCCUUCCUCCUCCUCCAUCAGGACUGCCUUUUAAUGCCCAGCCUAGGGAGAGAUUGAAGAACCCUAAUGCUCCGAUGUUACCACCACCAAAAAACAAAGAAGAUUUUGAGAAGACUCUGUCGCAAGCCAUAGUCAAAGUGGUUAUCCCAACAGAAAGGAAUUUGCUCGCUUUGAUACAUCGAAUGAUAGAGUUUGUGGUACGGGAAGGGCCUAUGUUUGAAGCCAUGAUCAUGAACCGCGAAAUCAACAAUCCAAUGUUCAGGUUUUUAUUUGAAAACCAGACUCCAGCCCAUGUAUAUUAUAGAUGGAAACUCUAUUCGAUUCUUCAGGGAGAUGCCCCAACCAAGUGGAGGACAGAAGAUUUCCGUAUGUUCAAAAAUGGAUCAUUUUGGAGACCGCCGCCAUUGAAUCCAUACUUGCAUGGGAUGUCAGAAGAGCAAGAAACAGAAGCAUUUGUGGAGGAACCUAACAAGAAGGGUGCACUUAAGGAAGAACAAAGGGACAAAUUAGAGGAAAUACUGCGUGGAUUAACGCCUCGGAAGAAUGAUAUUGGCGAUGCAAUGGUUUUCUGUCUAAAUAAUGCGGAAGCUGCUGAAGAAAUUGUAGACUGCAUUACAGAAUCAUUGUCCAUUCUGAAGACGCCUCUUCCUAAGAAGAUUGCAAGAUUAUAUCUAGUGUCAGAUGUGUUAUACAACUCUUCAGCUAAAGUUGCCAAUGCUUCCUACUAUAGAAAAUUUUUUGAAACAAAAUUAUGUCAGAUAUUCUCUGAUCUCAAUGCUACUUACCGUACAAUACAAGGCCAUUUACAGUCUGAAAAUUUCAAGCAACGGGUAAUGACGUGCUUCCGAGCAUGGGAAGACUGGGCGAUCUAUCCAGAGCCGUUUCUGAUCAAACUACAGAAUAUUUUCUUGGGGCUUGUAAAUAUCAUGGAAGAUAAAGAAACGGAAGAAAUACCAGAUGAUCUUGAUGGUGCUCCCAUUGAGGAAGAGCUUGAUGGUGCUCCACUAGAAGAUGUGGAUGGAAUUCCUAUUGAUGCUGCUCCUAUUGAUGAUCUGGAUGGAGUCCCAAUUAAAUCGCUGGAUGAUGAUCUUGAUGGAGUUCCUUUGGAUACAGCUGAAGACUCAAAAAAGAAUGAGCCUAUAUUUAAAGUUGCCCCUUCAAAGUGGGAAGCAGUGGAUGAAUCAGAACUGGAAGCUCAAGCUGUUACUACUUCUAAGUGGGAGCUUUUUGACCAACAUGAAGAAUCUGAGGAAGAGGAAAUUCAAAAUCAAGAGGAAGAAAGUGAAGAUGAGGAAGACACUCAGAGUUCUAAGUCAGAAGAACAACACAUGUAUUCUAAUCCUAUUAAAGAAGAAAUGCCUGAAUCCAAGUCAUCAGUCAAAUAUUCAGAAAUGAGUGAAGAAAAGCGUGCCAAACUCCGAGAGAUAGAGGUCAGCAUGUGGUGUUUUGUGCCACCCUUCUGUACUUUUCUAGUCUUCCCCCCUGAGUUCUCUACAUAUAAGGGAGUUAUUUUUACUGAAAUAAUUAUAGAUCUAUUAUAUGGUGGGUUUUUUAGUCCAGUGUGUUUUUAUAAAGGUAUGUUUGUUUACAGCCUUGCCUAGCCUUGUUUUGGCUUUCAAAAUAACACAGAAAA